AUGUCUCCGUUACUUGACGACAUGUACAACGGGACUACACCCGACUCCUCUUUUCAAGUAGCUGGAACAUCGUAUAGGAACGGGUUGAAGUUUAAGAGAGCUCAAGAGCGAGCAAGAAAGGAUGUUGAACGAGCAUUUGGAGCUUUGAAAAAACGUUGGCAUAUUCUUAAAUAUCUUGCGCCAUAUAUGGAGGAGAAGAAAAUGAGCGAGGUAAUGUAUACUUGUAUCAUAUUGCAUAAUAUGAUUCUCGAAGACGAAGGAAAUGUAAUAUGUGAGUAUAAUGAAAACGAGAUAGUUCCACCGACACAAUCUUUUAAGGUUGGAGGCGCGGAGUACAUGUCGAGGAGGGCAUUAGUUCAUGAUGUUGAGACGCAUCAUGUUCUUCGUAGGGACAUGAAGGAACAUAUUUGGAACAUCAACCACAUCGAUCUUAACAUAGAACUGGUCGACGAUUUGGAAGGCCAAUUUUCUGAUGAAGAUGUUCUUUAG